GCGUACACAGAGUCUCUCCAGGAAACGGCUUUUCUGUCAAUGGUCGUCCGAUUUUUCCGAAAGAAACUAAUUCUUAAUAAUGAAUCUCGGAGAUGGUUUAACAUUUGAAGUUCAAGAUGGAAAGCCUAAGCUUGUUUUUGCAAAGUAUGGAUUAGAAUCAAAAAAUGUAAAAAAGGUCAAUUUCAGAUCCAAAGGUAUUAAACUUUAUCCAAAAUCACAGCAGUUGCCUUUGGAUAGUCAAACACGUAAUGCCGUACUUGCCCCCAAAAUCAUUGGUACACAGCCGUCGGAUUCAAAGAAGACUGACACUGAGAAAUUGUCAGCUAAAGUUCGCAAGGAGGCAGAAUCUUCAAAUAUACAACUUAAAAAUGGAGAUGGUGAUGAAAGUAAUAAGAAGGACUUAUAUGAAAGAAAGACAUCUGUCACUCAUCCGAAAACACUGGAGCCUCAUAAGAUGAAGACUGUGAAAAAGUCAGAGAUUCCCAAACAUCUGCCCAAGCUGAAUAAAAGGGUUUCUGCAGACAUAUUAAGGGACAGUUUGGUGUGUCUUACUCAGGACCAGCUUCAGCAAAUUCUUGCUACUAUUACUCAAGGAGUAAAAUCUGUUAAACCUGAAGAAGGAAACACUGCUGAAAUAUCAUCUGCGACGGAUGCAAAACCUGAAAAUGCUGCUGACGGUGAGGCAAGAGAGGAGACGUUACAGUCAAGCAAUAGUGUGGAGAAAACAGAACAGAAAAAUCCAGACGAUCCUGUUAAAACUCAAAAGGAUCUGUCUAGUGAUGUCUCAGCUGGGCUGUUUAGCACACUUGGGGAACGAGAACAAGCAAAAGAGCAGCUAGAGGCAAAGAAGGCUCAGUGGAAAAAGGAACUUGAUGAACAGUUGGCGCUUAGGAAGCAGCAAAAAGAUAUGAAUCAAGAUACUAGACUUAAACCCUGGAAGAAAGUGGAGAAUGCUAAUCCAGUUCAUUUGGCUCCUGAAAAUCCGUUGAAUUUGCCUCCAUUAAAUGAUGGGUCUUCUGUUGUGCUUGAAACUCGGAGUGAAACAACAAGGAGUUCAGAAAAAAACAGCAACAUGUCACACGCACAGUCUGAGAAGCCUGCCAUUUUCCCCCAACAGGAUGUACCAGCUGCAAUUCGCUCUUCAUUUAUCUUGGGGGAGGCAGCUCCUUUGGAACAUGCUUUUAGUGCUAAAAAACGAGAACAACAAAAGCUGUGGCUGGAAGAGCUGGACAGACAGAAAGAAGAAGCAAAAAUAAGAAAAAUGAAAGAAAAAGAGAAGCGUUUACAAGCUGAAGACCAUGAUAAAUGGGCUGCACACUUUGAUUCUUUUCAAAGAACCAAGGUGUCUCCAUUAAAUACAGCAAGAUCUGAACCUUCUGAACCUGCUCGUCACCCUGAUGAAAGGGAAAUAUCUUCCUCUGCUGCUUAUACCAAUGCCAAUGGCAAUGUGUCCUCUUCAUAUGCAGACAACUUGGGAAGAGUCAGUACGGAAGGGAAUGUUUUUGGGGUAACAAGAAACACCUAUCUUCGCAGUAUGACAGCCCUCCUGGAUCCAGCUCAAAUUGAGGAACGGGAACGAAAGAGACAAAAGCAGAUAGAACACCAGGAAGCCAUUAAAGCUCAGGUUGAGGAGCGACGAAGGCAGAAACAUCUUGAGGAUGAACUCCGUCGUCGGGAAGAGCAGGAAGAGGAACAACGACUGGCACAAGAAAGGGAAAUGAUGGAGAGGCAGUUUGAAGAUGAUAUGAGGAAACAGAGAGAGAAAGAAGAGUCUCACAGUCAACAAACCAGAGAUCUAUACAUGAGCAUGCAGAAAGCACAGGAGGAUGCGGUGAAACAGAAACAAGAGCAGCGAAUGCGUUCCUUGGCACGAAAAGGUCAUGAUAUUUCAAAUUUACAAAAGCACUUGGAAGAAGGUAUUUCAAGUCAAGCAAGCAACAAUGCCAUGCAGAGCCGCCUUUCAGAUUAUGUUCAUGACAGCACUGAGAAAGAGGCUGUGGAAAAGAUGAGCAGCAAUAUUCAUCCUGAAAAGAAGGAAACUGCAGUCCAGACAGAUGGUGAAAUAAGCCAACGAUAUGAAGACAAGCAUGCUAAAGAGCGACUGGAUAGAAGAAUAGGCCUUGACACACCUGACGUACCUAUUGAAUAUCACCAGCAAACAAAUGUCAAGAAGGUGAGGCGAGAUCCUAAACCUGCUGAAAAAAGGAAAGUGACUGGCAAAGAAAACCUUUCCAGUCAAGAUGAUCAAUAUGAACCUUAUGCACGAACAGAGAAAAGGACUGGUAGACGGUCAGAGAAGAACGUCAGAAAACCAGAAUGGAACACAAAUAAGCCAGUUAGACAGUAUGUACCUGCAUCUGAGCGCUAUCCGAGUGGGCUUCAAAAAGAGAGAGAAGAGAGCCGCCUGAAAAGGCAGCUGGAGUUACUGACACUGGCUGAGAAGAAUGCCCCAGUAAAGCUGCUUCACAAAAUAAGAUCUACUUCUCCAGUGGGUGAAAGCAAAAGGGAAGAAUAUUCAGACAGUGCUUCCAACGUUUCAUAUUUGGAAAAAAGAUCACACUCUCCUCCUGUACCAGCAUUGAAGCACAGGCUUCACCAGCAGAAACGGGCCAAAUCGCCACCAUUCCCAGAUGACCAUUUAAGCAGUGAAAAAUUGAAAAGAAUUCAAGCCAUGUUAUAUCUGCAACAGCAAGAAGCCAUAGAAGAUAACGCAGGACCAGAAAGACCCCCAUCUUCUCACUUUAUUCCUUACGUACGGACGGAUGAGAUCUACCACUUGGAUCCAAAUGCUCCAAUAUCGAGGCCAUCAACGCAUGACCCACAGCGUAGAGAACCCAAUGGUCUGCAUCAGCCACGUCAGUCUCACAGUUCUGGGAACACGAGGGACCCACUGCUGAAUCCGGAGCUUCUGAAAACCAAAGAGCGACAACAGGCCAUCCUGAAGGGACUCUCUGAACUACGACAAGGUCUUCUACAGAAACAAAAAGAGCUGGAGACGGGCCUGAGUCCACUAGCGGCUGAAUUCAAUGGUAACUUUUCUCCACUUUAACAGAUCCAAAGAAACAGAUUUUGAAGUUUGACUGCUAAAGGGACCCUUGUUUUCUUUGUACAGAACGGAAAUGCACUUUAUAUGAUCCCGAGUGUGUCAAAUUUUUAUAUUUAUGCACCAUGUAGUAUUGUAUUUGUGAAAUAUUGUACAAAUUUUAAAAUCAUUUUUAGAAACUGUUGUUGAAAGUAAAGAUUUCGGGAGGCUGCUGCUUUGGGGAGAUCCUUUCUUUGACAUAACAGGUGAUGCUUGUUGUGAAUAAUUUAUAAAAAAAAAUAAAUUCAAUAAAUGCUGA